UUUUCAUUUUGUCCUAAUGAGCUUUCCGUCGUCCAGAUAGAACGUCACAACAUGGCGCUGUUCUUCAGCCUGGAACCGAGCCGAGCGUGUUUCCUGCUUUUAUGAUCGUAAUUUGACAGAAUAUCUCCAUAAUUCCUUGACACGCUUAAAUCGUGUUUCACUAAGACGAUAUUUUUAAUGUGUUAUAGUGUUAUUUCCUAAGUUUAAGAUGGGUUUGGAGCGUCUUGUCUGCAUUUCAUCGCGGUGCUUCGCCACACAGUUCCGACUUCUAAACACGCACCAAAUCGUCUUUCAAAAUGGGGUAGAGCAAACAUUAACUAUUAAAAACAAGUCAGAUCGGCUUUAUUCACGGGUUGUCAAUGUUGUUAAGCGGCAGCAGACAAACCUGUGUACAUCUGCACAACUGUCCCGAGAUGUCACCUUAUUUGACCACGACAGGACGCGCUUCUUCCGCCUUCUGUCCAUCUUUUGCGGUGGACAAUUUCUGUUUUGGACAUAUUUGGCUCAGUUUGCCUACACAGGGCUGAGAGACACGAGUGGAUCUAAGGACAAGACGAAAACCCAAGCAACAAAAACAACGGGACUUGUGGGAAUGUGGAGUUUUGAAAUGAACCUUGGCUCUGACGCUUGGAGAUACGGCUUCACCGUUGGAUGUUUAGCCAUUGGAGCAGGAAUAGUUGGGCUUGGAUUUGUGUUUUGUCGACGAUCUGUGAAUCAAGUAAUCUUACACCAAGGUGGAAAAAUGGUGACGGUAUGCACACAAUCACCACUGGGACCAGGAAAGGGUCGCAAAAUAACAGUGCCUCUGUCCCAAGUCGCCUGCUACGCUCACAGACAGGAGUCUGCUUCAUUCAUCCCUCUGAGGGUCAAAGGGCAUAAAUUCUACUUUCUCAUGGACAAAGAGGGGAAUGUCACUAAUGCAAAACUGUUUGAUAUCACUGUGGGGGCCUAUAGAGUCAUAUGAGCUACUAAUAAGUUUAAACACUUGCACUUGAAGCAUUGUCUCUGUUUGUGACCCAGCUGUCAAAUAAAGUCUGAAGAAGAUACCACAAGUAAACUUUA